UAAUAGAUGAUGUGAGAGAGGGAGUUACGAAUUUCCCCAAUUCCAGGCGAUAAACCGUUCCUUCAAUUGCAAACCCUAACCCCACCCCUAAUUCCGACCUCUCGUCUCCGAUCUUCCCAAGAAGCAGAUGAGGCCCUUCAAGGAAGAAUUCUCCUUCGAGGAGCGGCUGGAGGAAUCGAGAGACAUUGUUGCCAAGUACCCCGAUCGAGUACCGGUUAUUGUUGAAAGAUUCACAAGAUGUGAUCUUCCAGAGAUGGAAAAGAAAAAGUAUCUGGUUCCCCGAGACAUGUCAGUUGGGCAAUUUAUUCACAUACUAAGUGGCAGACUGCAUCUUAGUCCUGGGAAAGCACUCUUUGUGUUUGUUAAGAAUACCUUACCUCAAACUGCAAGCCUCAUGGAUACGAUGUACGAGUCUUACAAAGAUGAAGAUGGAUUCCUUUACAUUUGCUAUAGUAGUGAAAAGACAUUUGGAUGAGCCAUGACAAGGCGAUGCUCAAUUACCUCUGAAGCUAUAUAUGUUGUAUAUAAUGAUGAUAUCUUAAUAAUCUCAGUAACUAUAAUCUCUGUUAUAAAUUGUAUACAUGUACAGAGUUCAAUGUGCAUUUUAAUGUUUAUGACAUGCAAUGUUAUAUUACUAUUGGUUUA